AUACGAGGGAGGGAUGUUCAAUGUUGUGAUAAAGAAAAAAAAACACAGAAUGUGUUAUAGAAAAAUAAUAAUAAAAUAAAUAAAUAAAAACAAGAAUGUGAUUUGAUAGAAUUUGAUUCAAAGAAUUAUUAGGGCCCGAAAAUUAGUCAUUAGAUUUAGCCCAGGAUCAAACUUCUCAGGCCAAGCCCAAACUUGAAUUACAUCCACUUUCAGCAGUCAAGGCUCAAAACCCCUCUCUUUCUCCGUCCCUCUCAUCUCCUCCAUUUUCAACCUCUGUGUGAACAAUAAAACCCAAAAAUCUCAAAUUUAGAGGUUUCCCAAAUUCACACUUCCUCCAAUGGCCUCCAUCAACUUCAACCCCUUCGAAAGCUGGUUCAAGAAACCGCCAAACCCACUCCCGCCUAUCAACCUCCUCUCACUCACAGACUCAUUUUUCCACAGAGCCACCCAAACAACAACCUCUCCCAAUUUCUCUGCACUCAGUCUCUCAAACCUCUUCAAGGGCCCUCCAAAACCCGACCCGAAAACCCCAUCCGAACCCGAGAAACCGGGACCCUACACCGAGAUGCUGGAGCAGUACUUCUGGGAAUGCGAGAACGCACCAGAUUACAGGCACGCCCCAGAAGUCGAUAAGAUACUGAGCGAAGACCCAAUAUUCGAAAAGAAAGAGAACCCAACUGAGGAGGAGCUCAGAGAGAACGAGAAGUUCUGGAAGGAGUUCAGGGAGAGCCCAGUUGUGCAGUUCUUGGCUCGAGCUGAGCAGAUUGCCGAGAAGAUCAACGAGAUGGAGCUCAAAGAGAAUGACAGGCCGUACAGGGAUGAAGAUAAGAAACUGUGGCAGGCUGUGCCGAAUGUUAUUGGGCCGGACGGAAGACCCAUGCCCAGGAAGGCCAUAAAGACGAGGGAAGAGUCUGAUGACAAGUUCUGGGAUUUUACAAGGCAGUUCUUUUUUGGGCUUUGGGGGUUCCGCCAGAGGCCUUACCCGCCCGCCCGGCCUAUCGAUGUUGCUCAAGCAGUUGGGUAUAAGAAGCUUGAGAAGCGCUACUAUGACUUUAUCAUGAGAAGUGGUGGAUGGUACUAUAAGGACCGGUUGGGCCGAACAAGAGGUCCAUUGGAGCUUAUAACUCUUAAAACGGCUUGGGGUGCUGGGAUUAUUGACAAAGAUACAUUCAUUUGGGGUGAGGACAUGGAUGAAUGGGUUCCUAUUCACAUGGUUUAUGGGUUGGAACCUGCUAUUGCCACUUGGGAAGUUAGACUUGGGGCUGCUGCAACUGCUUUUAUUCACAAACUACAAAAAGGAAUUCCUCCUUGGGUUCCACUCAAGGGACAUGAGAAAAAAACCUAUAAGCAGCUACAAGAGGAGGCUAUAGAAAGCAAGAGACGAGACUUAGCAGUACUUGAAGCUAACGAUGGUGUUUGGCCAGGCGUUAGAAUUCCGAGUCAUGCUCUAUUUCUUUGGGCUAGUGGCUCUGAACUGACAACAAUUUUGGAAGAGGAUCACAUGCCGAACAAGUACAUUCCAAAAGAUCUUAGAAUUGAAUUGUCUAAAGCUAUCCCUGGGUUAAGGCCAUGGGAGGUUCUAAGUGUGGAACAAGCAAUGGAUCAGAUAACAUACGAGGGAGAGUGGUACCGCGAACCUCUUGGCACCUACACGACAGGUCCUCCAUACAUUCGACAUUGGAAUAUGGAUGUCAAGAGACUCUAUAGGAUUUUUGCCAACCUAAGCACCCGAGUCUACCUGAAAAUGGAGAGAACAAUUCCUGGUUUCGAUAAAAUAAUGGAGAAAGUUCAAGCUGAUGCUAAUGCAAGGUAUGCCAGACGUAAGGCGAGAAGAGAGGCAGAGAAGAAAGCCGCGUUGGAAAGAUCCUUGGGAGUUCAAAGUAAUCCUUAACUUCAAAAGCCCACCUUCACUUCAUGGUGAUAGCUUUGAGAAUAUACUCGUGAAUGCAUGGGAGGAUGGUAAGGUUAGAUAUGAAAAGAGACUCUCUUCGUUUUGUGCUGCCAAAGUCCUCUUUCACUCUGAGUCGAUUGUACCUACAGCCAUCUAGUUUCAAUUUUGUAAUAAACCCUGUAUCAAAUUUUUUUCUCUUUGUAUCAAACCAUUUUUAACAUGGAAAGUAUGUGAUCUUUCUGUUAACUCAAUGUCAA